AGCAGGGUUUGGGGAGCUGGCGGGAGGGGGCGGGGCUCAACGGAGGCGCGGGUGUGAGCGCUGUAGUGGUUUGGUUGGCGGUGUCUUCUGACCGCUGAUGGAUGACGUGGGGUCGGAUCGAUGAUGGGCUGCUAUAGGAGAGAGAAUGGUACAGUGUACAUGUGGUAAAGUUAAAAGGGUAUGAAGAUGGAUGGUGGAAUUUUAGCAUUCAGAGUUAAUGCCAUCUAAAAGACAGCGCAUCUGGAUCUACCAGUGUUAUGUGGACAAUGGGUUGAAUAGACUUUAUCGUUGCUGUGGCACCUAAACGGCAUAGCGUCUGAUGCAGCGAGCCAACUUCGGGAACGGCUGGUAUCACUGUUACUCCUCUUCAUACUCCUCGAUUUACAACCAAAUUAUCAAGACUCGUCUUCAGCCACUAUUGGUGUGAGAUUGAAGCAGAUCAUGGCAAAAACGGUCGUUGUCAUAGGCGGCUCACUCGCUGGUCUGUCCAUCACGCACCAGCUACUCAAGUACUCGCUGCCGCGUCACAAAGAUCUCAAAGUUAUCUUGAUUUCGAGAAAUAGUCAUUUUUACUGGGUCCCAGGUGCUGUACGAGCCGUCGUCCCAGGGCAAGUCAAGGAUGAAGAGCUCAUCCGGCCCAUUGAGCCCGGUUUGAAACAAUACCCUGCUGGAUCCGUCGACUUUAUCGCUGCUGAUGCGACAAAUGUCAACUUUGACGACCAAACCGUCCAAAUAUCAACCGAAGAUACCACCAAAGAGAUUGCCUAUGACUACCUGGUGCUAGCCACGGGCUCCCGUCAAGCAGACCCAUCUACGCCAUGGAAGGCAUCAGGCUCUUAUGAAGAGCUUGUCACGAGCCUUCAUACAACCGCUGAGAGCAUACAAAAGGCGUCCCAUAUUGUAAUAGCUGGCGGAGGCAGCACGGGAGUAGAGGUUGCCGCUGAAAUCCGCUACCAAUUCAAAGAUAAGGAGGUAGUUUUGCUCUCAGCCAGUGACGCGCUUGUUGGAGGUGAUUCUACAGCGACCUCUGUAGAAAGUGAACUGAAGAAGCUUGGAGUUGUGGUCAGGAAGGGAGUCAAAGCUGUCAGCACAGAGCCAGCAGCAACGGGUCAAACGACGGUAGUGCUGUCGAAUGGCGAGUCGCUGGUGACAGACUUUUAUCUCCCAACAACGGGUUUGCUGCCAAAUACUGACUUCUUGCCUACAAACGUACUUACAGAGACAAAAUAUGCUGAUGUAGACGAUUUCUUCCAAUUGAAGCAACAUAAAAAUGUCUGGGCGGCUGGAGAUAUCGUGUCCCGACCUCGGGCUGGCUUUCUCUACACAGAGGCUCAGGCUACUGGGGUAGCACAAAAUAUCAAACUCGUUUUGGAUGGUCAAAGCCAAAAACCAGUCCGUGGCCCUUUUGCUGACGUUUUGGUGUUUGCCAUGGGCAAGAGCCGUGGUGUAGGACGUAUCGGACCAGUGCCAGUGCCAUCACUAGGAGUGUGGGUUGCCAAAGCAAGAACCUUGGGAAUGGAACGAACCAAGAAGUACGUUGAUGGCUCACUAUGGUAAUUGAUAUGUACAAGGCA